AUCUGCAGGCGGACUAAGGCGCUGACGUCAUCUGAAGCGGCCGUCCUCCCGGUGUCUACGGGCAGAGUAGAGCAGACAUGUUCCGUGGGUUGAUGGUUGUGUCCCGCGCUUGGCGGGCGGCUCCCUCAGCUGUCCGCUGCCUGCACACCGUCUACCAGAGCGUCGAGCUACCCGAUACACAUCGCAUGCUGCGGGACACAUGCCGGGAGUUCGCCGAGAGAGAGCUGCAGCCUAUAGCCGCUCAGCUGGACAAGGAGCACCGCUUCCCGCGGGAUCAGGUCCGACAGAUGGGGCAAAUGGGAUUGCUGGCCGUGGAAGUUCCAGAGGAGCUCGGAGGUGCAGGUCUUGACUAUUUGGCUUAUUCGAUCGCCGUGGAAGAAAUCAGCCGUGGAUGUGCAUCCACUGGGGUUGUCAUGAGUGUGAAUAAUUCUCUUUAUUUAGGGCCAAUCCUGAAAUAUGCAACAGAAGAGCAGAAAAGGAAGUGGAUAUCUCUGUAUUGUAAUGGAGAUAAGAUUGGCUGCUUUGCGCUGAGUGAGCCAGGCAAUGGUAGCGAUGCUGGAGCAGCAAGCACAGUUGCCAGGCUUGAUGGUGAUCACUGGGUGCUUAAUGGAACUAAAUCCUGGAUCACAAAUGCAUGGGAUGCCUCUGCAGCAGUUGUCUUUGCAACAACAGAUAAGUCCUUGAAACACAAGGGCAUUAGUGCUUUCUUGGUUGAGAUGCCAUCACCAGGUCUAUCUCUUGGGAAGAAAGAAGAUAAGCUGGGGAUUAGGGCUUCCUCCACAGCAAAUUUAAUUUUUGAAGAUUGCCGGAUACCGCGUGAGAAUCUUCUAGGACAACCUGGAAUGGGCUUCAAAAUUGCCAUGCAAACCUUGGAUGCUGGCAGGAUUGGCAUUGCAUCUCAAGCUCUGGGCAUUGCCCAAGCUGCUCUUGACUGUGCAGUAGACUAUGCAGAGAAGAGAAUAGCAUUUGGGGCACCCAUCACCAAAUUGCAAGCUAUUCAGUUCAAGUUGGCAGACAUGGCCCUUGCUUUAGAAAGUGCCAGGCUCCUCACGUGGAGGGCAGCAAUGUUAAAGGAUAACAAGAAACCUUAUACUAAGGAGGCAGCAAUGGCAAAACUAGCUGCAUCAGAGGCUGCAACACAGAUUUCCCAUCAGGCCAUUCAGAUCCUUGGCGGUAUGGGAUACGUGACAGAGAUGCCAGCUGAACGUCACUACAGAGACGCACGAAUCACUGAAAUCUAUGAAGGGACUAGUGAAAUACAGAGACUGGUGAUAGCCAACCAGUUACUGAAAGAAUACCAGCAGUGAUAUACUACAGUGCUGAAUGACUCACCAAAGCCUUAAUUCUGAAAUAUUGCUUCUUGGCAAAAGAUAAAU